GAUGAAUUACAGUUUAGUGUAAUCCCCGGAUGAAACUAUCAUGGCUGCCACUCGCUGAGCUGUCAAGCUCCUCACCAAGGAAAGGAGCCUCAAUUGCCAUGGAUUCAACCGGGAUUGAAAGUGGUGUCCAUACUGCAAAAAAAAAAAAAGUUGCUGCAGAGGAUAGUAACUGGCACAAUCGAUUGCGUCUCAGGAAGGCUGCUGAUCAGCCCCCAACUAUGCAAAGUGAAGAUAAGCACAAGUCAAUGAAGAUAACUGAGGAUCGAGAACAACACAUGAAACAGACUUUAUUGAAAAUGACAUCUGCCUGUAAGCCAACACAGAGUAAACGUUGGAUAAACACCAUGGGAGAUAUUGUCAGGUUCACGUGCUCUGAGUGUGAGGACAGCAAGACAUUUAGUGCUAAAGGCUUACUGGGACACUUUAAGUUGAAGCACCAAGCAAGUACACCCGUUUUUCCUUGUGAUAUGUGCACAUUUAACACACAUGAACUCGCUUGUCUUCAGGUUCACGUUCUAGGCCACAAGGACACUUUUGCCAGCUGCGUCGUAUGUAAUGACAAUGUGCAGCGGACUCUUUCGGAGCUGACUACACAUUUGGAUAUGCAACACAAAGUGAAAGGCCUGUACUUGUGUGAAAGGUGCAAAUUCUCUGUAAGUGAUGUGGGAGCAUUUUUAGAGCACAUAUACCUACAUUGCUUGACCAUGUGUGACAAUGGUGGUCAGUCAGGUCAUGCGGAUAUGAUAUGCAAAGAACCUAUCAAAGCAACAAAAAUACCCCUCCGUUGUCCAUUCUGUGAUUAUGAAUCAACUCUAAACUGUACUAUCACCAAGCAUAUUGCUACUGUCCAUGGAGAAGACAGAAGUCAGAAAUCCAAGCAAAGAAUGAGAAAAAUUAAUGAGACAAUGAUUGGCUCGACUCCCAGACCAAGGCAGAGAAUGACAAGAAAGGCAGCGAGGGAAAUGUGCUGGAUGUCACAAGACUGCCUAUCUUUGCCUGGAAAAGAAUUCUUGGAUAAGUACUGCAAGCUAUCUGACCCAGGGACAGCUUUGGAGGAGUCCAGGCAUUUUCUAGAGAGGUCUGUAGUAGCAGAAUCAGGUACUGAGAAGUGGACCAAAGCUCUUCAGACUGUACUUUCAAAUGUUCCACAAUGUCAAAUGUCCGAAAACGGCCCUGUAUCUAAUCCUAGCAAUGAUCUCACUGUCCUAAUGGUCAAAAACAAGAUUUAUGUGCCUCAGAAUCGUGCAGAGGCAAUAGGGCUUACAAUGGUGGAGGGUAAAAGAGAUACUAUUUUAAAUGUUAUGCCUUUAGAAGAGCAAAACACUUUACCUGCAGAAACAUGCUCUGAGGUCUUCUGUCCCACAGCCCACGUAAAAACAUGCCAGCCUAAUUUAGAUCUCCAUCUUACCCAACCCACUAACCCACCCGGAUCUCUCUUCUUUCAAAAUGAGUUUUCAGGGUGCAAUCAAAGUCUGGAAGAUGGUGAGAAUCAAAGAGUGAGGUUUGAUCAAAAAGAACAUGGCGACUACAGGAGACGACACCCUGAGGAACCUCAGAAUGCUAAUAUCUGUGAAAAGAGGACAGAGGAGUUGAAGUUGACAAAGAUGACAAGUGAGAAAGAAAAAUCUACCAAUGAGACACAUUUAGCUAACAGGAAAAGGAGUAGGAGGAGGAAGGCGUUCAGACCAAAGAUAGUAAAUAAACCACCACCAGGACUAAAGCUAUUUUUGAAGAAGGACCCAGUAAAGGAAAUGCAGUGGACAUCACAAGGUCCUUCCCUCGUGGUAGGGGGCAGUUUGCUGGAACAGUACCACAGUUUUUCCCACCCCCAAAUGACUUUAGAGGAAAAACAGCAAUUUCUACACAGAGCACUGACAGAAAAGAGUGGAUUGAAAUUGACCAAAGAAACCAAGGCUGACCAACUCAAUAUCUUAAAAGCCCUCACAGCUUCAUCCCAAUUGACAGAAAGGGAAUGCCCAGUCCCAAAUCCUGGUCAGUUUAGCGUGAGUGACUUCAGUGUCCUUGAGGCCCAACAUAUGACUUCAGUUUCUCACAAUUGCACUACAAAUGCCAUGGGGUUCAAAAUGGUGGAUGUCGAGAACCAUUUUGUUCACAGUGUUAUGUCCUCAUCAGAAAACAGGGCACAUCAUGAAAUAGUGGUGGGAUUGCCUUCCUUUGAGACAGACGUUGGCAACACCACAUCUGAAGGAUGCACCACUGUGAACCUGAACAGUUUAGUUGCAGUUGAGAACCAGACCAAUUCCAAGUUUUCCUCAGAUACCUUAAAACGCAGUGAACUUUAUUCUCAUGUUGAGAAUGCACUGAUUCAAAACACUAAUUUGAGUCCUAAGAACAUAAGAGGUAACCAGGAUGGGAAUGAUGAAGCUAAAUCAAACCAUGAACUAACCACACAACCUCAGGUUGUCAUGACCAAGGGUAUAACACAUUUGAUAGACGAUCCUUGCCACAUCUUGCAUGAAACUAUGUCUGUAUCCUUGCCACAACCAAAUGAGCAGAAGGUCACUGCAAAGAAACCAAGUGGGACGUCUUCAGACGGUUGUCCCGAACCAUUCUCAAAAGCCAACAAAACCUCAAGAAGCCAAAGCCCAGGCCGGGAGGCCUUAGUGUCAAUGCACCAUUGGAAGCCAGCCCCAAAACAUGCUGAGAGGACUCUAAAGCUACUGCCGUUGUCCCCGACUCAACUUAUCAAGCGACCAAAUGAAGACCAACCAGUGGUAGUGCUGAAUCAUCCAGACACAGACAUCCCUGAGGUUACCAAUAUCAUGCAAGUAGUCCACAGGUACCAAGGAGAGGUCCAGAAGGUGGUGCUGUCACGAUCAACAUUGAAAGCUCUAUCAGCCCUGGACUGUGAGAUGGCAUGGGGAAGUGACUCAACAAAGUCCUGCAGCCCUUCUCAACGAUGUAUGUUGCCAGAGAAUACAGUUAAAGAGAGGUUCAUCCUAAAACUGAAGCUGAAAAAGAUGAGCAGGAAAAAAUACAAAGUGGUUGAUGCAGACUCCCAUAACACCAAUCCCCCUUUGAAGUUCGAUUGCUGGUUUUGUGGCAGGGUCUUCAGUAACCAGGAGAUGUGGAUCUGUCAUGGUCAGAGACAUUUGAUGGAAAGCAAGAGGCGGAGCUGUGAAACGUAAAAUGUCACCAACACUGGACAGAGAGAUGUAGUGCUCCUGCACUACGAUGAAUAGUUGUGAACAUGAUGAUGGACCAAAGGAACCUCUCGAGUGAUGAUACAGACAAUUCCACAAAUAAGUUCAGUCUCCACAAGAGGUCUGACAGCAUGGAGCCGUACUCAGGAUAUUUUAUAGGCUACAUAAAAUCUUUGUGACAUGUUGUUUACCCCUUGACUAAGUUCCCAGCUAUAGUAUCAACUUAUUAUGGGAUGGACACCCCUUUCUUUGUAUUAUGUCUAAAAGCUAUGAUAUGUAGAUUUCAGUAAACUAGCAUGAGGAUUCUCUCCCAUACACUGUACUGUAUAUGGUUCUAUCGCAGAGUUCAAGAUUGGAUUAAAUAUAGGGAUUGUAUACGGGUAGGCUAUACUUUGUCUUUAUGUGUAUAUGUUACAGAUGUGUUUUGGAAAGUUGUUUUGGUUUCCUGUAUUGCUAAGCUACACAAAGAAGAAGUAUAAAUAGGAUUCCAUAGGCUUUUUCUGUACUAUUCAGAUGAUUGGCCAUUGAAUAGUUUUUAUUUGAAUACAUACCAAAUGUUUUUGUUUCUAGUAUAGUAUUACUCAUGUGGGGUAUAUGUUGAGGGGCAGGGGAAGUUAUUCUUGCAAUAGGAGCAGGAGCAGUCCAAAGAAUACUUUUUUAUAAAGCUUAACUCUGGUCUGUAAUUUCAUUGGAUGAGUAUAGUUAUUGUAUAAAAGCUGGUUUUAAAUGCAGACAGAUCCUCUACAAUGUGAUUUUUCUCAAGGAAAUUACAAUUGUGACUUGAAAUAAUCAUAAGUUUGAUUUGUAAUUGCGCUAAGAAGGGACAGUUAAUAUUUCCUGUUGCCUCACCUUAUUCAGCCUAUGACAAUCUUCAUACAGAUGAGUCAAUUGUUAUGAUUCCUCAGGCCUACUGUAAAGUCCCUUGGGAUGAUGCAUCCAAAACAAUUAAUGUAGCACAUUUAUCUUCUUUAAUAUCUAGACUAUGUAUCUGUCUCUCACAGUGCAAUCUCUCAAAGCAAGUAUUGUCGAGUUGGAGGUGCAGUUUUGACCAGAGAAUAUUUGAGUUCACCAAGUGCCUGGCCUUUUCUUUUUACACAAUGACUGCUUUAAUCUUGUUCAGGCUCGUCUCAUAGUAUUUCAUGUUGUACAGAUAAAUACAUUCAAAUGAUAUGACGAUCACUUAAUGUGUGUUGGUGUCCACUUUGAAAAAACACUUAAGACUUUCAUUUAACGCAAAAUACUGCAUUUCUACUUAUUGUCUAUUAGUUGAAUCCCAUAAACUUUGGAUCUUGAA